ACCUACGACGUGACUGCAGUUAGUUGAUAUAAAAACAGCAACAUGAUAAUAGCGUGCAUCAGUGUUCUUCAGUGCAUCCGAGUUCAUAGCAUAAGUAAUAAGUGAAAUCUCAUUCAGUAAAUACAGGCGAUUGUAUCACUUGUGAUAUACAGAGCCUAUUUAUUAUACGUCAGUUAGUUAUCUGAACCAAAAAGAAUCUGACUGAAUAAUCGGUCAGUAGACUUGAAUCAUCGCAAUCGUUUUAUGAAAGACAAAAUGGAAUAAUAGAAGAGUCUUUGCAUCAAUCACUCUACCGAUGUUUUAACUUUGCGUACCGAACUCAGUCCUCAGUGUAGGCUAGUCGGUCGCCUAUAAGUGUGGUCGCCGAACAAUCAGCACUUAAAAAGAUUUCUUAAAUUUUAAUUAAUUAUUUCAUAAUAACUCAUUUAUUUAAACUAAAUCGUCUAGUAGUAAUAGUUGUUAGAAAAAAUAUUUGUAUCAAUGACAAAACAUUGCACUGUUUUGUAUAUAGUUAUAAUUAAAUAAGAAAAGAUAAAAUUCAAAAUCCAAACAAAGCAAACAGUGCCCAGUGUCAAGGACAACAACUUUUGUAUACAAGGGACGUGCAUAAAUUUUUAAUUAAAAUUUUUUCCACAUUCAUAUGAUCUGUGAUAUCUAUAAACGGAGAAAGUGUAUGUUCUGUACAAAUAACAAAAAAACUUGUAUAGUUUUAUUAUUUUUUAAUUUAUCUACUCCAAUUCACAACAAGGCUUCAAUUACGAUGGUGUAAUAUAGCAUAGAUUAAUAGUAACGAAAGAGUAUUAUUUGCUAGAUUUAUAUACAUAAACUUAUUAAUAUAAUUUAUUAUUAUUUUUGUAAUAAUAAAAUAAUGAUUGAGUGUAAAGACAACUCUACCAGUAUGGAUGUACUCUAUCAAAUAGUCACUAAUGAAAUUUGGGAGUCUUGGAACAAUGUUACUGAUUAUUUUGAAUAUCAGCCCUGGAUAUUUUCUCUCCUUGGAAGUGCCAUGGUCGGCCUGUCGGGUGUCUUCCCACUUUUUAUUAUUCCUAUUGAUGAAGGAGCUGAUCUUAAACAUGGACCUGGUGCUAAAACCUUAAAGAUGCUAUUGAGUUUUGCUGUUGGUGGUCUAUUAGGAGAUGUCUUUCUACAUUUACUUCCAGAGGCUUGGCAAAACAAAUCAUUAAAUAGUAAUUCAACUAGUGGACAUCCAUCAAUGGUUUGUGGGCUGUGGGUUCUUACCGGUUUUUUAGUGUUCAUUAUUGCUGAAAAAUUAUUUAUGGGAGCCGAUGAACAAGAAAUAGAUGAGGAUCAAGAUAUUGAUUGGGUGAAGGCAAAGAACCAAGAAUGUGAAGGAGUUGACAAUAACUGUGGAACCGACAAUAAUAAUUGUUUUGCUGUUAAUAGAAAGAUCGAAGUAAAAAAGACUUUAUUGACAAAUGUAGACUCAACUUCUUCUGAAAAGAAUGAUUAUGACAGCUUAACUUCUGUGAAUUUAAAAACAAAUGGCAUAAAACCGAAUGUUUAUAGUGAGCUACAAGAUAAAAGUGAUAUGCAGAGAGAAAAAUUGGUUGAUUCAGUAAAGCCAAAUAAAUUAUUGAAUAAAAUUGUCAAAAAUAAUAUCAUUAAAACAGCAGUAUCAACAGACUAUGUGUCAAAUAAUUUGACGUUAAAUGGGAAAAUUCCAGAUAAAUUAACGGUGAAAGAAAAAUCUAAACAUAUCAGUGGUUAUUUAAAUCUUUUAGCCAACUGCAUUGAUAACUUUACUCACGGACUCGCUGUUGGUGGGUCUUUUUUAGUUUCAUUUAGACUUGGUGCACUUACAACAUUUGCAAUAUUAAUUCAUGAAAUACCUCAUGAAGUUGGCGACUUUGCUAUUCUUCUUAAAAGUGGAUUUAAUAAAUGGGAUGCUGCACGAGCACAACUUAUAACUGCUACUGGAGGAAUUUUCGGAGCACUUAUUGCGGUGUUGUGUUCUGGUAGUGGAGUUGAAUCCCGAACCAGUUGGAUUUUACCGUUUACUGCAGGAGGCUUUUUACAUAUUGGAUUAGUUACUAUUUUACCAGAAUUGCUCAAAGAAUCUAAUCCAAUAGAAUCUUGUAAACAAUUAGGCGCUUUACUUAGUGGUAUUAGUAUAAUGGCAAUAUUGACGAUAAUUUGUGAUUGAAAAAAAAAAGUUAAGUGAAUUAAAAGUAAUCAAAAUUUGAUUACAUAAGCUAAUAUCAUCUCAGAUAUAUUUAAAAUUACCACUGAUGGUCAGCUAAAAAAGAGAGUAUAAGAUGAUCUAUUUUUUUUAUAGAAGUCUUACUCAUGAGUUUAUUUUCUAAGAUUUUGAAAUUAUUAUUUAAAUUAAAUUUUAUUAUUCAAAGUUAUAUCUAGAAAUACUGAUUUUCGUUGCAUAAUUUUGUAUCAUUUUUUAAUAUCUCUUUACUUAUAUAUAAAUAUAGAAGAAAUAUAAUUAUUCCAUUGAGAUUAAAAUUCUUAUAUUUAAAAAAAAAAAUUUUUUUCUACGCAACGAAUUAAGAUCAAUGUAAAAUUUUUUGAAAUAAUUUAGUAUAUAAAAUGAAAUAUUUGAUAGUAAAAAAUAUCUGUUGUUUAUUUUUCGAGAUAAUAAUUUCUCAAUUAAUCACAAUAUAUUGUUAAUUACUUGCAUAGUUUAUAUCAAUGAACUUAUCACUAAAACCAGUGAUACAUUGUACUGGAGGAAAUUAGCACUCUACAAAUCAAUUGAAUAUUAAAAAAAGAAAUAUUAAUAAAUGAUUAUAUUUUUGGACAAAGAAAA